GUCCGCGUCCGACGAACACACGCUGCCGCAGGAGGAGGAGGAUGAGUUUGAGGACAUGGAGGCGAGUGAAAGCGACGAGGAUGAUAUGGAAGGAGAAGAACAGAACGGGGACGGGCAGGAGAAAGUCUAUGUGCCCGGUCUGCAGCCGCUUCAGCCGGGAGAAGAGCUGGAGAUGGACCACUCCGCUUACCGCAUGUAUCACGAAUGCCAGACCGGUGCUCCAUGUCUGAGUUUUGAUGUAGUGCUUGAUGGAGAAGGCGACAGGAGAGAGCAGUUUCCCCUCUCUAUGGUGCUGUGUGCUGGAACACAGGCAGACACUGCACUCAGCAACAGGCUUAUUGUCAUGCGCAUGCACAACCUUCAGGGAACUGAGAAAAAAAAAGAUGAAGACAAAAGCAGUGAUGAAGAAAGUGACGAAGAUGAAGACGACGAAGACGAAGAUAAGAAACCACAGUUGGAGCUGGCCAUGAUGCCACAUUAUGGAGGCAUCAAUAGAGUCAGAGUCACCCAGCGAGGGGAACAGACAUUAGCAGCGGUGUGGUCGGAGAAAGGCCAGGUGGAGAUUUUUGACCUUCGACUACAACUUGAAGCAGUGCAUAAUUCAACAGCGAUGUCAGCCUUCAUCAAGCAGGAGAAGGAAGCCACGCCCCUUUUUAGUUUUGCUGGUCAUAUGUCAGAAGGAUUUGCCAUUGAUUGGUCACCCAAGGUGCCAGGACGCAUGGUGAGUGGCGACUGUAAGAAGAACAUUCAUGUCUGGGAGCCACAGGAGGGCGGCACAUGGAAAAUAGACCAGCGGCCUUUCAGCUCACACAGCAAGUCUGUUGAAGACCUGCAGUGGUCUCCUACUGAAGCCACGGUCUUUGCUUCAUGUUCAGUGGAUCAGUCCAUUCGCAUAUGGGACAUCAGAGCACCACCCAAUUCCAUGCUUUCAGCCAAUGAGGCUCAUUCUUCAGAUGUCAAUGUUAUCAGCUGGAACCGGACUGAACCUUUUAUAUUGUCCGGAGGAGAUGAUGGCCUCCUCAAGGUCUGGGAUUUAAGGCAGUUUCAGUCUGGACGUCCGGUGGCCAGUUUUAAGCAGCACAGUGCACCUGUAACGUCAGUGCAGUGGAGCCCCGUUGACUCCAGUGUGUUUGCCGCCUCUGGAGCCGAUGAUGUUAUCAGCCAAUGGGAUCUGUCGGUGGAGUCAUGUGACAUGGGAGGACAAGCAGAGGAUGUAAAACAGCUGCCGCCACAGCUACUGUUCCUUCACCAGGGCCAGAAAGAAGUGAAGGAGCUCCAUUGGCACCCGCAGAUUCCCGGAGUCCUCAUUUCCACAGCGCUGUCGGGAUUCAACAUCUUCAGAACUAUUUCUGUGUAGAGUGCGUUUGUUUAUGAGAGAGAGAGAGAUUGGCCUGUUGUUUAUUUCAGGCUGAAAGAGUGUGCAGGUGUGCCAUUUUAAGUGUAUAUAGAUGGAUGAGCGGAAUAUUUAGGUAUGCGUGACUCAUAUGUAUUUGUUCAUUUUCCUCGAAACCAAAUUUCUUCCACUCCUUGAGGCUGUAAUGAUGUCAUUGCAUGAUUAAUUACUAAAUGGUGCCUGUUAAAGAGCA